UAAUCGUAACCAAACAAAGAAAAAGACACAAAAAUACCCAUCAUUCUUCAUCAUCAUCAUUUCAAAUUAUUCAAAACAAAUCCAUAGUUUCAUACUCAACCCACUUCUGCAUAAUUCACAACGUGAAAAAACUGCUACUUCUCUCUCUAAAAUCAUCCCACGAGCAUUAUUAAUUUCUCUCUCUAUUUUUACUUUCAUGGCGAUUUUUCAGGUCUGAUGUAUAGUGGGCUUUAAAGGGUCCAAAAAGUAAUAAAACCACUAAGCCAAAGAAAAAAUAAAUAGUAGUGUAACAGUGUCACUGAUCACUGAAAUUAUUUUGUUGUCAUCUAUUAGGUUCUUUAAAUUGUGUGUUUUUUGGGGCUCUCCAAUUUGGAAUCUUUUGUCUGAUUCGUAAAGUUUUUAUAAAUUUAAAGAAAUCAGAACAAAACAAAAAAAAAAACUUUCUUCUGUGACUCGUUGUCUUCUUGAUUAUGACUCGUUAGGGUCUUCUUGAGCGAGAAAAUCGGGGGGAAAGAAAACAUAAUUUUAUAAUUUUACUAUCAGAAAUUUUCUGUUUUCUGUUUGGUUUCUGGGAAAAUUAUUGUUUUUUCUAGUGAUGAUAAGAAAUAGAUCAAGAGUAAUUAGUAGUAAGCAAGCUCUAAUGGCGGAUUACAGCUCGUUAAUUCCAUCUCCAGUAGAUAAUUAUUCAAAACCAAGAUUGUUUACUGGUUUCACCACCUUUAAGAAUAUUUCUGAAACCACCGAGUCACUCGCGAGUCCGACUUCAACUCUCGACAGCAAACCGUUCAAAACCCGUACCUGGGAUAAUCUUGACUCGAAAGGAAUCGGUCUCGCCAUUGUUGAAGCUCUGAAUCACGAUGAUCAUAAAACGGAUUCAAGUUUAUCAAAAUCCGAAAGCAGAAUGGUUCUAUUCGGGUCGAAUUUGAAGAUCCAAGUUCCUAAUUUACCCGUUUCACCAACGGGUAAAUCACCACAAUCUCCGGGUGAUUUCGGCAUUAAAACAAGAAAUUCUCAGGUGGGUUCUUUUUCCUCUGGUUAUUUUCACUCUCCAGUUAAAAAAUCAGAAUGUGAUCCUGCGGGUAUGGGUAUGGAUACUCCGAAUUCUUCUCGAGUUUUCAAUGGAUACCUCUCUGCAAGUGAGAUGGAGCUUUCUGAAGAUUACACGUGUGUGAUUUCGUACGGACCUAAUCCAAAAACUACUCAUAUAUUUGAGGAUUGCAUUGUUGAAAGCUGUUGUGGUGUAGUUGAAUUUUCUCCUUCAAAAACAGAGGAAACUAAUAACGGGUUUUUGAGUGACGGGUCAAAUAGUCCAUCGGAGAAUUUCUUGAGCUUCUGCUAUGCUUGUAAGAAGAAUCUUUCGCAGGGAAAUGACGUUUACAUGUACAGAGGUGAAAAAGCAUUUUGUAGCAGUGAAUGCCGGUACGGGGAGAUGCUAAUUGAGGCCGGAAUAGAUAAGCUAGACUAUGAGGACGAUGAUCUCUAUGGAAUUUGUUCAUCCUAAUUUUUCAUAAAUAAUCUCUAGCUAUUUUUAAUUAUUUUGCCUCCCAUAGCCACCCAUCAAUCAAGAACAAAACCAGAUAAUAACUUUGUAGAAGCUUACAACAUAUACAUUCAAGAAAUGUUAUUAUUUAACAUCAAUCAAUGAAGAAGGUUCUUGAAUGCA